AUGGCCGGCAAAAUGACGAAAGGCAUGUGGUUUAACCCAAUUGUCAUUGACGACGAACCAAGUGUGACCCCUGAUGUCAGCAACCCUCCAGCUCAUUUCACUAACAAUUUAGAUAUUAUCAAACUCGAAGAUACUACUCCCGCUAUCCACACUGCUCCCGCUGUCUAUACCGCUCCCGCUGCCAGUACUAAUGCCCUGGCCAACCCCAGUCCCUCGGCGAGUACCGAUGCCCUGGCCAGUACCACCAUUUACCCAUCAGUCCGAUAUGGAACAAUGCGUACACGCCAUCAGCUUUGCCGACUUUUAGAAAAUGUUUUCAAUACCUUAGCCAGCGAAUUCCAUAAAAAAAUCGACCAAGCCUAUGGUCAGUUCUGCUUAAAGUUCAGCACCACCCAACAACAAUACCUGAACCAGCUGCAACCAAUUCUAGCCUCGGGGAAUUGUUUCUCGACAUUUACCCAGAUCUUUCCCUCUGAAAACCUUACCCAGGUUAUGCAGCUUAUGCUAGCUAAAUGCAGAGAAACGACAAGCUUGGGCACUAUUCCAUAUGUAUGA